AUGCCACGAAGAAAAGCUGCUGAUCGUACGGGCCCUGUCAAGACUCGGUCUCGCGAUGGCUGCAAAGAAUGUCGAGCGAGUCGGGUCCGCUGCGACACCAAAAAGCCUCGCUGCACGCGCUGCGGGGAGAAAGGCUUGCCAUGCACUAAGAAUCUGAUUUUGAAAUGGGAAUCCGAAUUUACUAGUCGUGGUAUGGCCUUUGGCCGUGCCGGCGUAUGGAGCAAGUCUCGGUCAGCGAGCCCGUCCACCCCCAGCUCUGUUUCUUCUAUGCAGGAGUGGUGCCCUGUACCGACUGUUCGCUCCUGGGGCUUUAUCAACAGUGGCUAUGCAACAUUUGAAUGCCCAGAUGAAGUCAAUGUGGACUUUAACGAGCUCAAUGCUAUCAUUGCCGUUGCCCAGAGCUCCAACUCGCUGUUUCCUAGGAAUGCGACGGCUGAUCAACUAUGGUCGUGGCUUCAGCAUCUUCCGUACAUGGGUAGACUGGCCAAUGGCUUCGAUCUCAAUCUUCCGCCUUCCCUCGCACUCUUCCCAGACCUCUCCAAAUCGGGACACGGAGAGUUAUUCGAUUAUUAUCUGCAGCAGGUCUGUCCACGCACGACAGCGAGCUCUGCUUUGUCGUCGCCAUUUGCUUCUGUAAUUUUGCCUUUUUGCCUGUCUGCCUCUCCUACUCUCUUCAAGGCAAUUCAAGCCUUAGGAGCAUGCCACUGGUCAAGGCACAACCCGAGCUACAGUGCUAUCGGACUGCGAUUCAAAUCAGAGGCGCUUAGAGAACUUCGUCAACGUCUCUCCACAGAGGGAACUUUGACAUGCUCUAUGGAUCCUGAGGUUUUGGUGAUCAUGAUCAUGCUAUGUCUAUAUGAGAUAGUAGACAAAUGUGAUCAGCAAUGGACAAUCCAUCUCAAAGGAGCCAACGAUCUGAUUCGGCUUCGAAGAAAGCAACAAAAUACAUUAUCGCAUCCGACCGCACCAUCAGAUCCCGUGACGAGCUUUGCAGAGCAGUUCUUCGCUUUCCAAGAUGUUAUGGGCCGAACGGCCUGUGCUAAGGAGGUUUUAUUUGGCACAGACUAUUGGAAACCUGAUGAGCGAAAUAUCGAUCACUGGAUGGGUUGCAGCCCUGAACUGGUCUCCAUUUUGGCAAACAUCACAGAUAUGAGCCGAACAAGGAGGCAAAAUACGUCCGAUGCAGACAAGGCAUGUUAUGCCCUGCGUGCUGCUUCCCUCGAGCGCCAAAUGGAGGGUUUAGUUCAGGAGGUUGGGGAGGGGGAUGAUGAAAUUCUGGCACUUGUCGCAGAUGCCAAAAGACUGGCAGCAGUAUUAUACCUCCAUUGUGCACUGUACGGGGCAUCCCCGAUCACCCCUUUGGUGAAAAGCUAUGUCCGCCAAAUUCUCCGUCUCAUUCUCGAUCUUCUGGAUCGCAAUCUACUGACCAAUGUGACAUGGCCAGUCUUUGUGGCAGCCGUGGAGCUAGAUCCAUCCGAUGACGAGGUGUUCCCUGGCCCUGAAACCGAAUCAGUGUCUGGGCGGGCAAUUGUGCUACGUGCCCUUGCAACAAUGGUCGAUUCAACCAUCUCAAACAUUGCAAGAACACGAGCAGUGAUCACCAAAUUAUGGCAGAAAAGGGAUCUGGAUUUGCUCAAAGGAGUUGUUCUUGAUAACGACUACAAUGACUGGGAGUGGCAUGUUGUUCCAAUCAGCAAUGCGAUGAGUCUUGCUUGA